AUGUUUUGGUGGGGUCUUGGCAAAAGUGGGCGACUCGCCCUGGUGGGCGACUCGCCCUACACCGACGUUAUUACAACAACUAACGUAGAUUAUCACCAAGCCAGCCAUAUCACCGAACCGGCCACUUUCUCUUGGCACGACCACCUUUUACCCUAA